GUCUCCUCCUCAGUUCGACGGUCAGAGUCUAAAUCAUCUCCGUUCAGGUGCCGUCACAUAUUCAAGAGGAAAAUCAGCCCAGUGAAACAGAAGGAUGGACAUUUGGAUCAAACUGACUCUCUGGACGGUUCUGGUGUUUUCAGCAGGUGCUCAAGAGGCUCAAGGUCCAAGUGUGAUAUACCCGUUUACAGAAACAUGUGCAGUACGAGGAUCCACCGUCACCCUCCCCUGCAGCUUCACACCUUUAGAGUCUUUCAAUAGAGGAGGAGAAGAAAUUCAACUGCGGAUUGUUAGAGUUCGCUGGUGUCAGAACCAUGAUAUCUGUCAUGACACCACCCGGUCUGUGUUUGACAGUAAUUCAACACACAACGACCCUCGUUAUCAAUACCUGGGAGACAUGAAGGGAAACUGCACUUUACAGAUCAGAGACGUUCAGAGGAAAGACGGUACAGGACCAGGCGGGUUGAUACGAGACGGCUCAACGUUUCGCUUCAGGAUGGAAGCUGAUGAUGAGAAGGGACAUUUCACUAACAGGACCGGAGUGACGGUCAGAGUUGUUGGUUGGAUUCCACUGAGAAUAAAAACCUCCAGUAACGAGUCCAGACGAGGUCAAUCAGUCUCUCUGCAGUGCACCUCUUCACCCUGCACCUUCCACCACCUGGAGGUCACCUGGUUCAGAGAUGGCCGUGCCCUCUCAGAGUCUGGACACGCCCUCCAGCUCGGCCCUCUGAGCGCAGGGGAUUCUGGGAACUACACCUGCGCUCUGAAGAACAACACGAAGACACAGUCUGAUCUGUUCAGGCUGCAGGUGGAGGAUGGAGACGGAGACGGAGACGGAGACGGAGACGGAGAUGGAGACGGAGAUGGAGACGGUGCUGAUGGUGGAAGUCACCUGGCGCUGAUUGUCCGCCUGCUUGUGUUCGGUCUGAUCACCUUGAUCGUCGUCGCGGUUGCAUCCGUCGUCAUCUGGAGGACCUGCCGUUGUCAUGGCAGCAGCAGAGAGAACUGAGGAACACCUGGAAGUACAGGUGAGUCACGUCACGUGACACCUGGAAAAGAACACCUGGACAAAGACAGAGACACCUGGACAUCUGGACACCU